AUGCGCUGCUUCCGUGCGACGGAGGCGGACUUGGCUCCAGUGCACGGCGGCCGCACGGGCCAUGAUACGACGCGGGGAGACGGGACGGCCCUAAACCAUGUCGAGGAUAAGUACGGGCGCGGUCGCGACGCGGGCGUGCUCACCUUGCCCCAUCCCUCGUCCCAUCCCUCGUACCCAUACCUCCUGUCUGUGCCCGCGAAGGGUUGCACGAUGUUCGCGACGUCCAUGCAAGAGACCUCCGUGAGCCGCCGUGCGCAAGCGUCAAACACGCCGCCGAACAGCGAAACUUGUAUUGCAGGGGCAGGAUCAUCGAGGCGCGUGAUUUCCGCGCGGCCAUGUCCGCGCUAUCGCCUUCCCCGGGCCGCCCAGACCAAACACCGUUCGUCGUGGACGUGUGCGCCUGCUGCCGCAAACCCGCGGUGCAGGUGGCCACGAGCGAUGAGUAGCACGCGUGAUCGCGCCGCGAAUACGAGCACAUCGCGCGGCGCCGAGGCGUGCCCUCGCAUCCGCGUCGCGUCGACCGUGUGCCAUACGACCACUCAAAGCCUCGAGCGCGAAGGCCCUUCGCAUCCGCGUCCUCUGCCGCUGGGAACCAUCGUGAGCGGGUGCUUCAUCUACGAAUGCGCGCAGGCCACUCACAACGACAGUCCAGCUGCUCUGUUUGCCGCCGCCACUCACCCCGCACGACAUACGAAGCCCGAUGUGGGCGACCUCGAACCUGCUAUUCACCACGCCGUCGCGGGCAACACCGCCGUCCUCGCCACCCACGAGCACACCACGGUCGAAGAGAUGGGCUACGCAGGCACCGUCUGGGGCGCCAGGACGGUGUCGCGGAGGGGACUCUAA